AUGGCGCCCAGUGAGAAGCCCACCGACAUUGAGCGCAUUACCCCAAGCGUAUCCAGCUCGUUGGAGAGGGGCAACAAUUCCCAUGUGGACGACGGAGACGUUGAAAAGGCAUUGUCAGUGCUUGAAGAGAAAGAUGUCAUAACCACCACGGUAGAAACGACGACCGAUCCAGACGUGGUCAAUUGGGACGGUCCGAAUGAUCCAGAGAACCCUAUGAACUGGCCUGCACGGAGAAAAUGGACCAACGUGGCUCUGCUGUCCUCGAUAACGAUUUUGACACCUUUCGGUUCGUCCAUGUUUGCACCGGGUGUACCCCAGGUGAUGAAAGACUUUCACUCCAACAGUGAGGACUUAGCGUCGUUCUCGGUAUCCGUCUAUGUGCUCGGGUAUGCCUUUGGUCCACUGUUUAUAGCUCCGAUGAGUGAAUUGUACGGGCGACUGCCGGUCUAUCAUGUCAACACAUUCCUCUUCGGGAUAUUCACUUUCGCCUGUGGCAAGUCGACAAACUUGUCCAUGUUGAUUGUGUUUCGAUUCCUGGCCGGUCUGGCAGGCUCUUGUCCCUUGACUGUCGGAUCUGGUUCAAUAGCAGAUACCUUUAGACAAGACCAGCGCGGAAAGGUCAUGAGUGUCUGGACCUUUCCAAUUCUGUUUGGACCAAGUCUGGGUCCUGUAGUUGGAUCAUAUCUCUCUGAAGCGGCCGGGUGGCAGUGGAACUUCUAUCUUCUCGCUAUUUGUACCGCAGUCAUGUUCGCCAUGGCACUUAUCUUUCAAAGAGAAACAUAUCCGCCCAUUCUCCUCGAGAGAAAAGUCAGGCGACUCCGAAAAGAAACAGGCAAUGACAAGCUUCGGUCUGCUCUUCAAUCUUCCAGGACUCCUUCGCAGUUGUUUAUGCUGAGUGUGGUCCGUCCAACCAAAAUGCUCUUUCUGUCCCCGAUCAUAUUCUUCCUUUCUCUGUACCUGGCGGUCGUGUACGGAUAUCUUUACUUGAUGUUCACAACCAUGACGUUCAUCUUUCAAGAUCAGUACGGCAUUAGUCCUAGUAAUGUUGGACUUGUCUUUUUAGGCAUCGGACUGGGCCAAUUUAUCGGACUGUUGAUAUUCGGAUCAUUUUCCGACAAGCUGCUGAGGAAACUGGCGAAAGAUGGCGAAAUGAAGCCUGAAUACCGUCUGCCAUUGCUUUGGCCGGGUGCGGUAACUAUACCUGCUGGCCUCUUCUUGUACGGGUGGACAGCCCAGUACAAAGUGCAUUGGAUAGUUCCCAUCAUAGGGACGGUCUUACUUGGCGCUGGCAUGGUCGCAUCCUUCAUGUCGCUGUCUAUUUAUCUGGUUGAUGCAUUCACCCUUUAUGCCGCGAGCGCGAUGGCGGCCAAUACCGUCCUCCGUAGCCUUGGGGGUGCAGUCCUCCCCCUGGCUGGACGAGAUAUGUACAACAAACUGGGGCUCGGGUGGGGGAACAGCCUUCUUGCAUUCAUCUCACUGGCCAUGUCCCCUAUGAUCUGGGUCUUCUUGAAGUAUGGCGAGAGGAUAAGGACGCAUCCCAAGUUCCAGCUAAAUCUCUGA